GACCUGCUGGUGCAUUGUGGGUAAUAUUAGCCAUAGCCAAGGCAACGUGAAAUAUCUAGGAGGAAAAAAAGACGAAAAAAUGUCUUGAAAUUGCGUCUUAUCACCCACAUAUCGAGAUCCUGUGGACUUAAGAAGAACCAUCGAUUCUAAAGAAAUCAACGAGCUAUGCAAAGAUGACAUGCUGAAGCGGAGAAGAUGGCGUCCCAGCAGCAGAGUUGGGAGGAGGAGGGGGAGGGGGAGGGGCUGUGCUGCUGUGAGUACAUCAACACACAGGGCGAGCGCAGUCACCUGCUCAUGUCCUUCUGUGACUGUGAGGCUCUGGACGCUGCUGCUGACAGGAAGCGCAAACAUCGCGUGGUGUCAGCCUGGAACUACCAGGAAUUUUACAGGAACUACAAGGAAGGGACGAAGCUCCACAACCACUCCCACAUCCAACACUCGCCCAGGGUGUUCAAAAGACAGAAAGUUCCGACGAGUAACUACGAGGCCCUAUACAUGACCCUGGAGGACAGACUGCGCAUCCCCUGGUGUUCAGGCAGGGGGGCCAAACAAGUCAACCCCCAGGUCAUCCCACCCCUCAUCCUGGUGCCACUGUCCCUCAACAUUGCUGCUAUCCACCCCCUGCUGACAGCAGUGGUACUGGUCCUCCUCCCCAUCUUCCUCAUUAGGUACUAUUUCCGAUAUAUCAAAAUACGCCAAAGCGGGCCUUUCUUCCUGAGCUGGGGUCUGGUGUCCGUGGGUUACCUUUACUCGCUGUACGUCCGCCUGGUGGUCCCUCUCGGCAUUGUGACGUCCGCGGAAACAUGUCUCCUCACCGGUCUGAUGUUCUCCAUGCUCGCCGCGCUGACGUCCGCGAAACAAAACCCCGGCUUCAUCACCGGAAAUACCGUAGGAACUGACAGUAAACACAACUUCCCAAAGAACGGGGUGAAAGAUCCGCCACACGAAGAGAGCAGCAACUCGCAAGGAAACGGCGUCCAGUUCCGGAGCUCGACUCCGGUGCAAAACGGGAGUGAUGCGGGCGAUGUGAGUUUGAUACAGUCCAGCAGCGCCCCCUAUGAGAAUGACAGCACUAUGCAGCACACCAACAACAGGCCCCUCCAAAGGAACGGGAACAACAACAACAGGGACACCAAGGACGCCGGUCAAGAUGCGGUCAUCGAUAUGGAAGGACAGAGGGUAACUGACCGGCACCUGUGGUGUCACGUGUGUAAGAUGCCCAGGCCACCCCGAGCUGGACAUUGCAUGAUCUGUAGGCGUUGUGUCUUAAGGCUUGACCACCACUGUAUAUGGAUUGACCACUGUGUUGGGAAGAACAACCACAGAAGCUUCUUCCUCACACUGGUGCUGUUCAUGGUGUCAGCUGGGUAUGGGGUCUGGCUGUCCCUCAACAGCACCUGUCCUGGCUGGUACAGCAAGAGGUGGAUCCCCUACUGUCCUCAGGCGUACAGCACAUCCAGUUCUGCCCUAGUCUUCACCUGCUGCUACUACACCAUGAUGGUGCUGACCGCCAUGUCAGGUAUCCUCAUCUCCCAGCUCAUCAACAUCUCCUGGAACAUGACGGGUCGCGAGGAGCGUGUCGCCAUCCGCAACAAGACCUACAAGGUGCGCUGCUGCGGCUUCUGCGUCUACACCGACAAGUACGACAAGGGCUGCGUGCAGAACUGGUGGGAGUUCACCCAGAAACCCAAGCUGGAGAAAGCGGCAGUACAGAUGGUGUGAGGGAAGCUGAUGCCACCAAUACUAGCACGUCGGCAGAACGUACUGCGCCUGCACAAAACACCCAUUUUUCUAGCCUCCGUAGCAGGCUUAUAGAACUGGGGGUUUGGUGG